AUGUCUCCCGCACUAGUGAGACGUCCUUUCUUCCGCAGGCUGAUGAAGCUGGACGACUCCACCGGCAACGUGACUCUCCUCGUCCCCGCAGCGCUCGCCUCGCUCAGCCCCGCCGCGCUGCCCGCCUACACGCUCCCCCAGGCGAACAAGAUUCGCCUGUACCACCUGCUCUCGGGUCUCUACACCGCUGCGGACCUCCAGGCCCUGGCCCGCAACGCCAAGAUCCCCACCGUGGAGGGGAAAGCCAUCACGAAGCUGACGCCUAAGAUCAUCCCCGUGGUGAUGCUCAAGGGCAAGGACCUGAUGCCGUCUGUGCUGGUGUCUGGCGAUGUGUAUGUUGGCGAUACCCUUGCUGUGCACGUCGUGUCGUCCGUUCUGCUCCCUCCUGACCUCUAG